AUGUUGUUCUCAUUGUUGGUGUUCCAAAAUUGUUCUCUUUUUUCUUUUCCAAUAACAUCAGUCAAUGCGUUGGGUUGCGAGUGCACGGGAGACGAGUUUCUCGUCUCGGGCGUUUCCUUGGGCAGCCGAUGCGCCGAGUGGGGGGAUAAAAACGCAAUCUGCGCGGAUCAAACGACGGUCACGGACGAGUGCUGCAAACCGUGGUGUUGGGUGUCACAAACAGAUUGUCCUUCUGCGAGGUAUAACAAACAGGCGGAUAAAUAUUUUUCGUACGACGCGUGCGGGGCGACGUGCGCGAACGACCAUUGCGGAGAGGAGAAGACGUAUGUAGAUACCAGAGGAGCAAUCGUGUGCGAAUCGGAAUAUCAAAACACGUGGGUUCGAUAUCGAAUGUCGUCGUGGAUAUUCAUUAUUCCCUUGUUUUGUUUGUUUUCUUCGUUACGGUACCAGCAAUCACGGAGGCGGAUGUUGCUUUGUCAAAACCAGUUACAAGGCGGCGGUUCGCCAUAUGGUCAAGCGUCAGCGGGAGUGUGGAGAGGACAGAAUUUUGGUCUGCAGAAUAACUUUACGACGCCGCAAGGGCAGGCGGUAUACAUCGUCGGCGCGAACGGGCGAUUAACGCCGCUACAGAAUUCGAACGCGGCUAAUCAACCGCAAUUUUAUCAAGGGGGAAACCCAGCGCAAGAGGUGAGGAGACAACAGAAUCAGCCGAGAAGCGGCGGCAUGUUAGACGCGUUGUUUGGUAGAGCCAACAGAGGUGGUGGUGGUGGUGGCGUGCAAUCGCAACAACCACGCGCGGCGGCGGCAACAUCUGUUGUUCCGGAAAUGUCGCCCGUGAGUAGAGAACCGGCGUACGCACCUCCGUCGAAUUAUUACGGCAACGAAAACCAAGCGAGACGAAAUCAAGCGGUGACCGAUAAUUCUCCGCAACAAGCGUAUCCGACUGUUUAA